GGUUGCUGGGGCAGCGCGUGCCGGCGUGGGGAAGAGGAGACAGAGCUGCUUUGGCCUUGCAUGCAAGUGAGGAGCGGAGUGACGGCUGGCUAGAUGGCAGCAGACGAAGGCACACAGGACACCUUACGCCUCCAGUUCAAGGCCAUGCAGGAGAUGCAGCACAAGAGGUUACAGAAGCAGAUGGAGAAACAGAAGGAAAAGGAAUUGAGCCUCGAAAUCAAAGUUGAUGACCAAAAAGAGUCCUUUGAGAUCUCCGAUGGCCUCAGCCUUCUCCAAGCUGGGGAGCAAAACUCGAAAAACAGCUUUGAGCAGAGGAUGCUUGAAGAUGAGGUUGCACACCUUCGAGAGCAGCUCAGGGAGACGGUGGAUGAAAAUGGGCGAUUGUACAAGCUGCUGAAGGAAAGGGACUUUGAAAUCAAACAUCUCAAAAAGAAAAUAGAAGAGGACAGAUUUGCCUUCACAGGGACAGCCGGUGUGGCCGGGGAUGCGAUUGCCACCAAGGUUGUGGAGCUGUCCAAAAAGAACCGGGUGCUGGCAGCAGAGUCGGAGAGCGCAAAAACCAGAGUCAGGCAGCUGGGCAGUCGUGUCCGGGAGCUGGAGCGGGAACUGCAGGUGGCCCUGGCCAAACUACCAGCCACAGCGGCCACCAACGCGGAAGCCAAGGCGUCGAGAGCUCAGAUGGGAGACAGAGCCUUGCCAGAGACCCCAGAGGUGAAGGCCUUGCAGGACAGGCUGGCGGCCACAAACCUGAAGAUGAGUGACCUCCGCAACCAGAUCCAGUCCGUGAAGCAGGAGCUCCGGAUGGCCCAGAAGGUUUUGACCAGCGAGGUCGGCGAAGAUGUGAAUGUCCAGCAGCUCCUGUCCUCCCCGGGGACCUGGAGGGGCCGGGCUCAACAGAUUCUCGUGCUGCAAAGCAAGGUUCGCGAGCUGGAGAAGCAGUUGGGACAGACCCGGAGCCAGUCUGCAGGAAUACCCCGUGAUGAGCUGCCUGUCUAUCCAGACCCAAGGAAGCUGUCAGCACAGGAGAAAAACCUGCUGAGGAUCCGCAGCCUGGAAAGGGAAAAACAGGAGGGCUGGGAGAAACUUGUGGCUGAGCGGGAUGCUCUCCAGAAAGAGCUUGAAGAACUGAAGAAGAAGUUGGAGGGUGUCAGGUCCCGGAAUAAGGUGCUAUCCAGCGAAGUGAAGACCCUCAGGAGUCAGAUGGGGACCCUGGUGGAGAAGGGCCGGCAUGAUGAUGAGCUCAUCGACGCUCUCUUGGACCAGCUGAAGCAGCUCCAGGAGAUUCUGGGUAGCCUGAGCCUGCAGGAGGAGAAGACCCGGGCGUCGCAGCGCCACCUGGACCAGAGGGUCAACAGUGAGGUUCAGCAGAGCAGCAGCCUCAUCACCCAGCUACGGGCCAUGGUGGCAGAGCGGGAGGCCAAGGUGCAGCAGCUGGAGGUGGAGAUCGGCCAACUCAGUGUGCAGUAUCUUCAGAAUAAAGGAGUGGGCAAGGGGUCUGGUGGGACCGAGGUCAACACCGCCUACACCAAGUUCCUGGAGGACCCGGGCCAGACCAAGUCCCCGGCCUCAGCAGGCGAUCACGUUGGCAGGCUUGGAUCUUCUCGCUCCGUGACCAGCCUGGGCCACACGCUGGUGGAAUCUGCUCUCACAUGGCCUUCUCUGUCCAGUCCUCAUGGGGCUUCACCCAGGUUCUCAGACUCCCCCGAACAGAAAGGCUGGCAGACACAGGUGACAGAAUUCAAGGCCCUCUGGCAGGCUGCUGAAGUGGAGCGUGACCGGCUCACCGAGUUUGUCAGUGUCCUGCAGAAACGGGUGGAGGAGAGCAACAGCAAGCUUCUGGAAUCUGAGAAGAAGCUGCAGGAGGAGCGGCACCGCAGCGUGGUGCUAGAGCAACAUCUUGAGAAGAUGCGCCUGGAGCCUGGGAGGACGUCGGUCAGUCAGAGAGCAGCCCCCAGGAGCAAAACAGGUCUGCCCACUUCCAACACCAGGCUCAACCCGAACGGGAGUGAAAGGAAGGACCCAUCCUUCACCCAGCUCUCCAAUGUGCCCAUGGAAACUCAGAUGGAGGAGCUGACCACCAGGCUGGCCAUCCAGGUGGAGGAGAAUGAAAUGCUGAAGGCUGCCCUGGGCAGUGCCCUGCGUGGAAAGGAGGAGGAUUUCCGAAUGUACCACGAGACUCUGGGCCAGGUGAAAGGGGUCUUUCUGCAGGCUCUGCGGCAGCAGAAGGCCGACACUACCAGGAUGGUGACCCGGGGUCAGCCUGGCGGGACGGGGCAGCCUUAGGCCCGGAGAGGCCUCUACCUGCUCCUGGAAGCCAACCUGGGCCAACCAGCUGAGCCCCUUCUCCUGGAAAAUGUUCUCCAAGGGUGGCCAAAGCCCACAUGUCAGACCUGGAGGGCAAAGGAGAGGCCCAAGCAGAGCCCCGGAGGCGAACACCGAACCUGGACAGGCCGGACAAUGGCAGGGGAGGAGGCCCAGCAGCCCUCUCAGCACCAGCGAGAGGUCUGGGAUGGCCAGCCAGCUGUGGAAAGACAGAGGCAGUCCCUGAGCCAGGUGCUCAUCACCCUUGGCCUCAGACCCAGCUGGGAGGCCCUGCAGACCCACAGGACUCCAUCCGCACGGGACAGUGUGAGGGCUCCAGCUUCGAACCUCCCCCAGCCCCACCCCUCCACCUUCCUAGGACAUUACGCCCACCCUCUCCCAGCUCCCCCUCCAUGGCUCCAUCUGCGGCUACCCCGACCUUCGAAGACUUGGGGGCACGUGCUCCCCACCACUUUGUCAGCCCACUCUUCAGGGCUCUUCCUCAGCUGCAGACCUUCGGACUGGUAAUAAUAAUGAUUAUUUUCACAAUCGUCACAGGUCCCCAGUGAGUGAGCAUCUGCUGUGGAAACCUGACCCCGUCUAGUCUUCUAGUGACCCAGGGAUUUGUCACCCUCUUUUGCUGAUGAAGAAACGGAGGCUUUUAGAAAGGAGUUGGGCUAACAUUUAACCCUGGUGGGGCCUGACUACAAAAGCAGGGUCUUCCAAGUUGAGCGAUUCGCUUACCCCCAGCCAGCUGCUCCAGGGGUCCCCUCCAUUUGCUCCCACAGGCUGCAGCUAGUGGAUGCUGGUGAGGGGCGGGGAUCACUGGGCAGGAGCUUCAGGCCGGGAAGGGAGGUUCUGAGGCAGUGAGUCCAGGCCAAGGCACAGUGUUACUCUUUCAUGGCCACAUAGGGGUGAGCCCCCAAUGUCCCUCUGUCACAGCGUCAUCCCCCCGCCUCACUGCACUCACAGCCCUGGGGAAGGGUGGCCCUAAGGAAAGUCACCCACAGCCAUAUAGACCAACCAGACCUCUUAACCACACCUGGGUACACACAGAUCCCCACAAAGCUGCAGGUGCACAGAAAUACCUAGACCCAGGAGCACACAGCAGCAUGGGCAUACACACGGCCCCAGACCACGCUGGCUCCAAACUCAUAGGCCUGCCACAUGGGCACGUGCUCACACCCCAGCACACGAAGACCAGUCACUUGCAUGGUGACUCACAGGUGCAGGCAUGCGAGCCAUACAGAGACCUCUGGGAGGGAAGCCCUCUGGGGCUCCUGGGAACUCUCUGCUCAGGCCCUUCCUCAGGGGUGGGCUGUGCAGGUACUGUGCGCUGGCCCCCCCCAGCCAGGACACCCCUAACCCCAUCUGGAGUGGCACAGGUCUAGAGGUCCCUGGCAAGUUACAAUGAAGGCCAUCAGGAUGAAGCCACAAUGCUGAUGGGGUCCUAAGGGUCCCAGGAAAGGAAGAGUUUUUCUCUGAUUCCUUGUGAAAGGAGCUGGCCAGGCAGAGCCAGAGGACUGAGAGGCCCUGUGCAGGAAGGGACAGAGUGUGACGGUGAGGAGUGGCCUAAAGCAGAGUUAGGGCACCAGACCGAAUAGACCGUGCCUUCCCCUGCAGGCGUGGGGAAGCCCCCGCAGGGGGAUCUGAGUGUGGGCGGUGCAUGCUCCGGCCCUCAGUGGAGUCCCUGGGAGUGAUAAGCAGGCAGAGGACCAGCUGUCCUUCCUCAGGGAUGGGCAGAGGCAGGGAUCUCCUCAGGGAGGGCCAGGAUGGCAUCGCACACAUCCUAACCACUGGAGGGUCGUUUGGCUGCCCUUCCUGGCUCAGGGCUGCAUCUGAGAGAGGAAAG